AUGGAUGGCCUGCGGAGGCUAGUGGCCGGCGCUGUGACGGGCGAGGUCCAUGACCUGCUUGUCGCUGCUGUGCUGGCGCAGCUGGAGAAAGCAUUGAUUCUGCCGGCACGAUUGAUGGAGCUCUCGGCCCCGCUGUUGGAAGCUAGCAAUGAAUCAGCCAAGGCCUUUGCUGAGGCCCUGCUCCAUGUUCCGGCCGAGACCUGCUCGCGGCUUGCGGCCUGCGCGGGGAGCUCGGACGCGCCUGAUGGCGAGAGUUUGCCCGUUUUACGCCCGGCUGGGGCGCACCAAGCGGCAGUGCUUGCGCAGAUUGUAGCGUGGCACAAAGUGCUUGAGCGCGAGUGCCACCCUAGCGCCGGGCGCGAUUACGUGCCGCAUCUGCUAGCGGUUGCCCGCGGCGUUUGCCAUCAGGUUGUCCACUACGCCCAAGCCCACGGCAUUGAGCACGGGCGGGUGUAUGCAGGCUGCGAUCCGGCAGCGCUGGCCUCAGCCUGUCCGUCCAGCGAUCCGUUUGAAGAGUUCUUUCCGUCAGAGGUGGCCAUCGACCGGCUGACCGCGGCGGCGACGUCGUGGCUCUCGUGGAUGCCUUUGGCCGUGGAGCCGGGCGCUGGGCCGCUUUUCCUGCAAGUCCUGCAGAUCAUCGACCUGCACUCGGCCGAGCUGGCCGAAGUUGCGCCGAUCACUCGCGAGCAGAGCUUUCUCUCGCUGGCCACCUCCAGCCCGUCGGCGCUGGUCGCGCUGGUGGCGGAGGAUCCAGCAACGGCACCCGAGCUGGAAAGCCCAGCCGAUGCGGCCGUCCGAGCGGUUGCCGAGCUUGGGGCCACGGUUCCUGCGCUCCUCGCGGAGGCUGGCAUUGACCCGUCGACCUUUACCCGCGGCAACGCUGAUGAGCCGCUCUACCUGCUGGCCAUCUCCAACGGCGACGAGUCGACUUGCGUCCUCCUCGAUGAGCAGCUCAAUGACCUGGUGACCUCGGGCGAGCUCGCCGAAGGAUGCAUCAUCCAGGUCCACUCCGGGUGCAUCAUUGCCGACGUUGAGCGGGCGCAUCCAUGGUACGAGUGCGACAAGUGCUACGGCUGGCGGCAGCUUGACUGGGACACGGUGGCUGCGCUCGACGGCGUGGCCUUUGAGUGUGCGCAGGCGCCCGACAUUCGUGGGCAGUCACAGGCGGCGAGCGCUCCUCCUGCGGUCGCGGUCUCGUGUGCCACGCCGCUGGUGGUCAACCGCAUGGUGCUGGAGGAUCUGGGCUUGCAGGUUGACGAGACGCUGGCUACCCAGGGCGCAUCGAUUGUGCUCACCGCGCUCUCACCGGUCUCACCGGGAACAGAGACUAUUCUUGGCGCGCCGACCGCGUGCGAGGAGCUCAUCGACGCCCAGGUGGCAAAGUGGCGCGGGCGCGGCUUCAACGUGCCUUCGAUUGUCUUUCACCGGCCAGUGACGUACUGCACUCAGGAGCCGGCAUCGUCGGCGUCGCGGGACCAGGCCCGCCUCCCGUCUGAGGACGUUUACCCGUUCGAGACGUACAAGGAGGAGCUUGAGCUCGCGCACCCCAACUUUGCGACCGGCGACCUCUACCGCGAUCGGAUGCGGGGUGACCCGGGCGUUGUCCGCGUCAACAUCCGAUUCAACCUCAAGGCGCUCUCGUCGGCUUCGGGCAGCCACAAAAAGCGGAUGGAAGAGGCUGUCAACAUGUACCUCCAACCGCGGCCGUACUCACUUCCCGGGGCGACGGCGCCGAUGGCGCGGCUCUUCAGCCUCGUGGCCAACGACCUCGACGUCCGCUCCUCGAGCAUCCGGUUUGUCUACCGCUCGUCACGCAUCCGUGCGGCCGACACCGCUGUCUCGAUCAACUUUCUCUCGGGUGAUACCAUCACAGCCCAGCUCAACGUUGUGCCGCCGGUCGUCAACGCAAUGGCGUCCAAGCUCUCGCCCGAGGACGAGGCCGCAGCCGAGGCCCGGAGGGCCAAGCUACUUGAGGAUCUGUUGGCUGCUGAAGCUGCAGGCCACGAGGACCGGGCCAAGAAGAACAACGGCAAAGGCAAGCGAAACAAGGGCAAGAAGCGCAAGGGCAGGACCAGCGAUGCCGCCAAGGCCAAGGCUAAGGCCGCCGCGGAGGCUAAGGCCGCCGCCGCCAAGGCCGCCGCGGAGGCUCAGGCCGCCGCGGAGGCCAAGAUGAAGGCUGAGAUCGAGGCCGAGUUCGCCGCCGCCGCCGCCGCUGCUCGCAAGGCCGCCGCCGCCGCAAAGGUCGUUGCAGAGGCGCAAGCAGCAGCCGAGGUGCAAGCAGCAGCCGAGGCGCAAGCGGCAGCCGAGGCGCAAGCGGCAGCCGAGGCGCAAGCGGCAGCCGAUGCACGAGCGGCAGCCGAGGCCCAAGAGGCAGCUCAGGCGCAGGCGGCAGCAGCCAAGGCCAAGUCUACUCGCACGGCCACCGGCGACGAUGCGCAGGCUUUUGCUGCCGAGGCUCAAAAGCUGCGGACCGAGCUUCAGGCUCGCAUCGAGCUUGCCGCGUCCAAGGAGGUUUACGUCAACGAGCUGGAGCGGGCCAACGUGGCACUGCGGACCGAGCUCGCAUGGUACCGUAAGGCGUAUUUGUGCUCUGUCUGCGGGCGCGCGCCGCGAUCUGCGGUCGCGCUGCCGUGCACCCACAUGUCGACAUGCUACGGUUGCCUCUCGACGGCGCUGCAGCUGCACGAGCAGCUUCCACAAGCGCCGGGCAUGCCACCGGCAAAGGGUGUGCUCUGCAGUGUUUGCGCCUCGCCCAUCGAGUCGUGCCUCGAGGUUCUGCAGCCGCUGCCGACGUCGCUCAUGUAGCCUUUCUCCUCAUCUCGCGCCGAGUCAUGAAUCCGCUAGUUCUUGCUCU